GCGUCGCGAAGGCGGGGCCACAAGGAGGCUCCCUUCCGGGAGGAGGGCGACUUAUAACCCGGAAGCGCUCGGCGGUGCGGCGCUGUUUAAAGAUGGCGGCGGAGGAACCUCAGCAGCAGAAGCAGGAGCCGCUGGGCAGCGACUCCGAAGGUGUUAACUGUCUGGCCUACGAUGAAGCCAUUAUGGCUCAGCAGGACCGAAUUCAGCAAGAGAGCGUGAUGAAUUUCUACCACUUCCAGAUCGCUGUGCAGAAUCCUCUGGUGUCAGAGCGGCUGGAGCUCUCAGUCCUGUACAAGGAAUAUGCUGAGGAUGACAAUAUCUACCAACAGAAGAUCAAGGACCUCCACAAAAAGUAUUCCUACAUCCGGAAGACCAGGCCCGAUGGCAAUUGCUUCUAUCGAGCGUUUGGCUUCUCCCACUUGGAAGCACUGCUGGAUGACAGCAAGGAGCUGCAGCGGUUCAAGGCUGUGUCUGCCAAGAGCAAAGAGGACCUGGUAUCCCAGGGCUUCACUGAGUUCACAAUUGAGGACUUCCACAACACGUUUAUGGACCUGAUCGAGCAGGUGGAAAAGCAGACCUCAGUAGCUGACCUACUGGCCUCCUUCAAUGACCAGAGCACCUCAGACUACCUCGUGGUCUACCUGCGGCUGCUCACCUCUGGCUAUCUGCAGCGGGAGAGCAAGUUCUUUGAGCACUUCAUUGAGGGCGGCCGGACUGUCAAGGAGUUCUGCCAGCAGGAGGUGGAACCCAUGUGCAAGGAGAGUGACCACAUCCACAUCAUUGCACUGGCCCAAGCUCUCAGCGUGUCCAUCCAAGUGGAAUACAUGGACCGCGGUGAGGGCGGCACCACCAACCCACAUGUCUUCCCUGAGGGCUCUGAGCCCAAGGUCUACCUUCUCUACCGGCCUGGACACUACGAUAUCCUCUACAAAUAGGACCAGCUGGCCUGCUGCGCCUUGCCUGCCUCCCCUCUGCCAGGCGCCAGAUAUGUACAGAGGUUUUUUUUUUGUGGUUGUAAAUGGUCGUAUUUCACUCCUCCCUCUUCCUGUCACAUCUUUCACGUUUUAUUAAAGGGGAUGCUGGUGGUGAGCCCGAGUGUGCGUGUCCCUGCUCUGCUGCUCCUGCCCACCUGCCCACUGGCUGCUGUGUCUCUGGCUAUCCCUUCCCCCUAGGUGGGUCCCCCAAGAAUUCCCACCAAGAGGUUUGAGAGGGCUAGGCCUACAGGGGCCCUUCCUGGUUUCUUGGAGUUGUGCUUUCUUUCCUAAGGCCUCCCCUUUACCUUUACUUCUUAGCUUGCCCAGGGGCUUCAGUGGGAACCCUCGAGGUUCCUUGGGGACUUGGCCAGGGGUCCCAGCCCACCCAUACUCCAUGCUGCUCCUCAUAGGCUUGUUAUCCCAGCCAGGGCGCCAGAUCCCCAGCUCCCUGACCUCCAGUGGUCUGCAUGAUUGGGGAGUCCUAGGAUGAGAGGAUUGUAGGGGGGUGGGGCUGGCCCAGGGUAGGUGGAGGGAGCUAGGCAGUGGGCCCCCAGAAGGAGCCAACCUCCUGUGGGAGGGAACAUCAGGGCUCAUAUCUAGGCAGGGCUUGCCAGUUCUGUUCCUUGAGCCCCUGCCUGUCCCAGCUCUGCACCCCUUGGCUUUGGCCAUAUCUGCAUUGUUUGCCUCUUUGCCUUCCUCUCUUUUCCACCCCAGCACAUUUGGGGUCUCAGCCCUCAAUAAAUGUGAAGUGCUGCUGCU